AAAGCCAGGGAAUUUGCGUUUGUUUAAUCAUAUCAGUUUCUGUUCAAUCAGCGGAUAUACAACCAAACAACAAUCAGUCCAAGAUGUUCAAGUUUUUCGCUCUGUGUGUGUUCGCUCUUUUGGCCGUCGCCUUUGGAAAGCCGCAGUUCCUGACCGCCUACAGUGCGGCCUCGCCUGUGGUGGCUGCCACGCCCUACGCCUACUCCGGCGGAAUCUAUGCUUCGCCGUACAGUGCAGCCUACACCAGUGGCGUCUAUGCCUCGCCCUACACCUACGGAGCUUAUCCCUACAGUUCCCUGUACCUGAGACGUUAGAAUAAUCCCCUGCAACGAGUGAACACUGUACAACGAUAAUUGCUGAUGACGACGUCCUAAUGAACAAAUAAACCUGAUAAAACAGAUAAAGAUUCGCAAUCCAAAGGCCAGCUUUUUGCUGUCAUUUGCUUUGAGCAACUGCAGCUUAAAAGGGCUGCAAAAUGGGCGGUUCACGGGCUCACACUUAAAAAAAUACACU